CAUGGCUGCUUACUGUUCACCGACGAUAUUUUUAUUUACGUUUCGUUUGUUAUCUGUUCUAAGACAGGUAGAAGAAGAAACAGUCAGAGUCCGAAGCUAUUUUGAGUAACAGUUCCUUUAAACCAGUCCUCAGGGUUUUGAUACGAGGACGCCAUUUUUUUCAGCCGUAGAGACGCAGACCGUAAACGUUACCGACAGCCGGAUUUCUUUUUUACAUUUUCGCUGCGCUGUCAAGCUGCUCAUCGGUGACCUGCGAUUGAUUUGCCUUUUGUUUGCGUGUUAAGCUAGGUGAACAAUAUAACUGCGAGUCCAACGCAUAUACAUCCGGUAAUAGUCGCUAUGUUCAGCCCUGUGAAGUCCUCUUAUUUCAGAGUCAGCCCGGCCAUUGUCAACAGAGAACUCGGCAAGACCAAGAUGAGAUAGCAAGAGGGCACAUCGGAGUGCUAACACGCGGUUUACUACGAGGCUGAGUCUCAGCCUAACUGAGAGAAAACUGAGUAAAAAUUUAAAAAAAAAUCUCAAAUCUCACGGGGCAUGUUUGGUAAUCUUUUCGAGGAAGAGGAGGGGGAAGGCUUCUCUUCCACUUCCUCCAAAGGGAGAGUUGCAAAGGGGGGAGACGAGCCACCUCCAGCCAGAGGAAGAAGCAAUUUGUGCGGCAUCAAAAACCAGGGAGGGACGUGCUACCUGAACUCUCUGCUCCAGACCCUGCUGUUCACCCCAGAGUUCAGAGAGGAGCUGUUCGGUUUGGGGCCAGAGGAAUUAGGAUGUCUGGAAGACAAAGACAAACCGGGGGCCAAAGUCAGAGUGAUCCCACUGGAGCUCCAGAGGUUAUUUGCCCGUCUGUUGUUGGUGGACCAGCAGAGCGCCUCCACUUCUGACCUCACUGACAGCUUUGGCUGGAACAGCAGCGAGGGCACAAAUCAGCAUGAUGUGCAGGAGCUGAAUAGGAUUCUGUUCAGUGCUUUGGAGCACUCUCUUGUGGGCACCACUGGUAGUACAUUUAUUCACCGGCUCUACCAUGGGACCAUUGUCAACAGCAUUGUCUGCAAGGAGUGUGGAAAUGUCAGCCAGAGACAGGAGGACUUCCUGGACCUGACAGUGUGUGUUUGUGGCGUGUCUAGCCUGGAGGAGGCUUUGUGGAACAUGUUUGUGGAGGAGGAGUUGUUUGAGGGCAAUAACCUGUACCGCUGUGCACAGUGUGACAGGCUGGUCACUGCUGCCAAGUCUGCUAAGCUGAAGAAGCUUCCUCCUUUCAUGACCAUGUCUUUGCUGAGAUUCAGCUUUGACUUUGCCAAAUGUGAGCGAUACAAGGAGACAGGACGCUACAGCUUCCCUCUCACCAUCAACCUACGGCCAUUUUGUGAACAGUCUGAUGGAGAAGACUCUGAUUACUCCUAUGACCUGUUCUCUGUGAUUAUCCAUAAGGGAGGCUGCUAUGGUGGCCAUUACCACGUUUAUAUCAGGGACAUAGACCAGCUCGGCCAAUGGGAGCCCCCGGAGGAGGACUGUAAACCUAAAACUCAGAGGAAAGUCAAGGAGGAGGUCAGGAAGGAAGUGUGUGAGCCAAAACUACAGGAAGAUGACCCUUUGUCUGUCCUAACUACUAUAAUUGUCCAGGAACCAUCAAAGAGUGUCCUGAUGGACCAGCUGGGCCAGAAACUCAUGGAUAAGACCGGUUCAUCCUGGAACAAAAAGUUCAGAAAACACUAUGGUCCCAUAGGAAAGUUCCUUCAGUCCCACAAUGAUGUGUUCAUGUUGGUGUCCAGUGGUACCAGAGUGGCACUGAAAGCAAACCUGCCAAGCCCAGUGUCUGAGCCCACUGGCCCACCAGAGCAGACCAUUAUCUCUGAUCCUUCAACACCUUCAGACACAGGCGCUGCUGAACAACAGCAAGGACCAGACCAGAAGCCAGAACCUGAACCGGAGCAGGGUAGCCACUGGUUUGAUCUUAAUGACUCCACGGUGACCUCCAUCAGGGAGUCUGACAUAGAGAAGCAGUUCCAGGGCAAAGAGAGUGCAUACAUGCUGUUCUACAGAAAAACACAGCUGCACAGGCCCAGUGAAGCUCUGAACAACCCACAAUAUAAAGUUCCCUCUCAACUCGUCCAGAUGGCUCAGGAGGAGAACAUCAAACUGCAACAGAUGCGUGAGAAGUUUGAAGCCACCAACAACACAGUGGAGCUGCAUCUGCACCUGGCACCGUGUUAUAGGCUAGAAAAUGGAGCCUUGCAACCAGCCAACAAAGGGCACACCAGGAGCACCACCCUCAGUAUCGACCGUAGAAAGACUGUAGGAGACCUUCGAUUAGCUAUUUACCAGAUGCAGGAACUCUGGGAAGGGGAUAUGGCUUUGACUGUGGCCAAGAGUCUUCCAGCAGGUCUGCACCUCUACAAUACUCUUACAGAUGACAACAUCUCCCUGUACAGUGCAGGCAUCUACACAAACUCUGACUUGUUUGUGUGGAACGGCAGAGAGGUGUGUGGUGCGACUAUCCUAACCGGGGCUGAGUGGGAGCCUGUGCUGCUGACUGUAGUCCGUCCCUUUUUGGGCGAAGAUGUGGAGCAGGAGGUUGAGAAUGGGGUGGAAUGUGAGGAGAGCAGAGGUGUUUUUGAAAAUGGGGGGCCAGGGCUUAAAAGGGAGGCGAGAGGGUUUGCAGGUGGUGUGACACUUGGGGAGGUGAAGGAGGCUCUGGGGGAGCCUAAGGAGAGCCUGCUGUGCCAGGAGCACAAGGGAGGAAAGAGAGGAGAGCAGGGGGCAGGAGAGGGAGGAGGCGCGAGCGGAUGGAGGGUGUUCCCACCCGAUGACAUGCAGCGGACGCUAAAGGAGCUGUCGCUGAAAGAUGGAGACGCGCUGUUGGUGCUGGAGCCACAGUCGUUCGACGGCAGUGUGUUUACCCGAAACGGAGACGUCGUCACUGUGACCACACCGUCUGACUGCCGCUGGCUCCAGGUGGAGUUUCGACCACAGGGAGGAGGAGGAAGUGGUGAAGGAGAGGGGGAGGAGGAAGAGGAGAGGAGGAAAAUUAAGGUUCCAGCCACAGGAAAUAUGCUGCUGUGUGAGGUGAAACAGAGGGCCUUAGAGGAGCUGCAGCUCCAGGAGCAACCCCCAGGUGCACAGUACUGUCUGAGACAGGUGGACUGCACAGGGAAACUCCUUCCUCCAGUGUGUGAGGAGCUGAGUGUUCGGGAUGCAGGCGUGCGACUCAUGACCACACUGACUCUCUGUCCGGGAAAUGCCCCCAAGGCUUCACAGCUUUUCUUGCAUUUUACCGUGGGCACAGCGCCCUCUGCUGGCACGGAGAUGGACUUAAUUGUGGAGGAUACUUGUACUGUAAAAGAGUGUCUAAAGGCAAUGCUGGAUGCUGUCGGACUCGAUGGUACCUGUUGGCACUUGAGGAGGCUCGAUUGGUGUGAAGAGGUUGGAGAGCCACUUAUGGACGAGGAUGCAACUCUGUCAGAGCUGAAGAUAAGCAGUGGAGAAACAUUAGUCGUCACAGAGGGACAACUUCCUCCAAAGGGUUUUCUUAAGUUAUCCAUCUGGCUGUAUCUGGAUCCCAAAAACAUGGAAACACAUUUUAAUCACACUGACAAUGGGCAUGCGGAGGAGCAGAUGCUGGAGGUUUUGACUGCAGGUGAAACACAUAGUCACUCACCUUCUCUUUCUGGCGGCAACAUGGUGGACUUGAGAAAUGUAGGACAGGUGGAGAUAUCAGACGAGGCCACGCUGGAGGAUCUCAAGACUCAGGUGUUGACGCUGCCAGCUCUGCAAAACGUGUGUGUGCCAGCCGCUGCGUUCUUACGAGUAUGGCAGCUGGAGGGUCGGAGGCUGGCACGAAUCCUUAGGGGACAACAACUAACGCUCAGGAAAUUGAAGCUAACGGGUGGUACAGACCUUUGUGUGCAACAGCUGCUGAAAGAGGAAGAUCUUGGGCCUAAGGUGGUGUUGCUAAAUAUUAAGAUGGGAGUACCGGGGGAGAGGUGUUACUACCCUCCAGAAGAGCUGGUUUGGGACGCAUCCCGUGAUUCUUCCCCUCGCUCUCUACGCACUUGUCUGGCCGCACACUACUGCCUCUCCCCUGACUCUCUACUGUUGGCCAAACACCAGCCAGACAAGCACAUCUGGGAAGAAAUAUCCAACUGGAGCCAGCAGAUUUCCAAAAAGAAAAAGAAGAAGAGAACAGAAUCACUGCUGGGAGCACCAUUCCACCUCAAAGAUGGCGACACAAUUGGCAUCAAGAAUCUUUUGAUUGACAACAACAGGGACUUCAUCACCCCAGAGGAUGAGCAGGGCCAGCAGAGGCUCAAAGAGCAGACAGAGCAAUGCAGGAAAGGAGCGCAGGCUGUUGGCUCAGAUGGUGCUGGACCACAGAAGAAGGCUGGACAGAUCAAAUCCAGAAAGCCAGAGGUGGCGCUGUCAAUCAAUGUUGGGGUAUUCAGAUAGCACCCUCCUGCAAUAGGUUCAUGGACAAAUCAGGACUGCCUGUAAAACUACAGCACAUGCACACACACACACACAUACACAGAAGCCACGCUGCAGUUAGUACAAUCGACUUGACGUAAGUGUUGUGCCAUUUUCUUUUUUUCCAAAACUUUUUUUAAAACCUGACAGAAUCAAACCCUAAAUUUCUUUCUGCUUCCCAUCUGUCUGAUUUAUUAUUGACAAAGGAAGAGAAAGAACUUAAUCUUUGGCACUUUGAUUUGCUGUUUUGUGAUAACUGACUGUAAUUUGCAUUAUGUCUAUGCAAUAUUACUUAAUAUUUUUAGUACACGACCCAUGUUUGUCUUGCUUUUGUCUGUCUUUACAAGCUCUCAAAAUUACAACCACCACACAUGCUCUUUAAUUCAAUUUCAGUUUUUAUAUUUUCUGAGGGACAUUUGAAGACAGUAUGACCUUCAUGACUUUUUUGCUUUAUCAGUCUCUGUCUCAAAUACUGCUGUGGCUAAACUGUAGCAAUCAGGGUGAAAAAUUUCUACUUGUGGCCAACAGCCAGUGGCUUUUAAAUUGUGUCUUUCUUUGACCAGGAAAACAAGCCACGGCAGUAGGGAAUCAACCAUUGUCCUGAUAUUCUUUAUUAGGUAACUGGUUAUAUAAUAAGUGACUCUGAUUUUUAUAAUAAACCUGUCACUGUGCGCCAUAAACAAAAAAAAAAAAAAACAAUCUGGAUCGUGGGCUGUAUAGAUCAGUUUAUUUUAGGUUGACAAGGGAGAGGAGAGACAGGCCUUAACAUGGAGAAGCCUUAGUGCUGCUCUGUCCUCCCUACCUCACUCUCUGCCUUUCCCACUCUACCUCUGCUGCCCUGUCUUGUUUUUUUAUUUUGUGUCUCAUUCAUCAUUUUAUUUUCCUGUAAACUGUAAACUGCUACCCUGCUCUAAUUACAGUAAAAUUUCAAUACAGUUAAAGUAUUCA